GUGGAGGACGGUGGACCCAAAGUCACAAACACAUCUCCUUCUUCCCACUCGGCUGUUCCGCUGUCCGCAUUCUUCUUUCCCCAAAUCAGAAGCAUACCCUAGCCGCCGCUACCACUGUCUUCAAGCCACUUCUGCCACCACUACUGCCGGCCUUCGAUUGAAGAGCCCUUUCUCUCCGACUCCCAGUUUGUUGGCCACUUCUGCCACCACCACUGCCGCCCUUUCUCUCCGACUCCCAGUUAGAAGCUACGGUAGGCAAAGCGAACAGGCACUCUCCGACUUCCACCACUGCCGCCCUUUCUCUCCGACGCCCAUUUCAUCAGCUCCAUUGGUGGAGGGCCUCGCGACAGGCAAAGCGAACAGGGUUUCCAACCGACUUUCAAGCGCGAAUCAAUUUUACACUUGAAUACUCCGCCUUUUAUCGUCAUUUUCCUCCUCUUAUUUCUCUAUUUCAAAAGCCCUAGAAAGAGGCCAAUAGGUGAAAGAAAGAACAGGAAAAUUAUACAACCAGAGAAGAAUCAAUUGCAUGGCUGCAUCGGGUUCGGUGGUGCCGGCAAACAGGACCCGUCGAGGUCCGGUGCUUGACGCCGGCGAUGAGUCGCUGGUGUUCGAGACGACCAGGGGUGUGGAGCCCAUCAUGACCUUCGACGCAAUGGGCAUACAAGAUGACUUGUUGAGAGGGAUUUAUCAAUACGGCUUCGAGAAACCCUCCGCUAUUCAACAAAGAGCUGUGGUUCCAAUUAUAUCUGGCCGUGAUGUCAUCGCUCAGGCUCAAUCUGGAACUGGGAAAACCUCAAUGAUUGGCCUAACCGUCUGCCAAGUCGUUGACACCAAAUCUUCUGAGGUGCAAGCCUUGAUAUUAUCACCCACAAGGGAAUUGGCAGCACAGACAGAGCAAGUGAUACAAGCAAUUGGUGAAUUCAUAAAUGUACAGGUGCACGCAUGUAUUGGAGGCAAGAGUGUGGGAGAGGAUAUUAGGAAGCUAGAACAUGGGGUUCAUGUGGUGUCUGGGACGCCUGGCAGAGUUUGUGAUAUGAUAAAAAGAAGAACACUCCGAACAAGGGCUAUUAAGUUGUUGAUUCUUGAUGAAUCAGAUGAGAUGUUGAGCCGUGGGUUUAAGGAUCAAAUUUAUGAUGUUUACAGAUAUCUUCCUCCAGAACUUCAGGUCGUAUUGAUUUCUGCUACCCUUCCGAAUGAGAUUUUGGAGAUAACGAGUAAAUUUAUGACAGACCCUGUUCGGAUCCUUGUGAAACGUGAUGAAUUGACUCUGGAGGGGAUCAAGCAAUUCUUUGUUGCUGUGGAAAAAGAAGACUGGAAAUUUGAUACCCUAUGUGAUCUUUAUGAUACCCUAACCAUCACCCAGGCUGUUAUUUUCUGCAAUACAAAGAGGAAGGUUGAUUGGCUAAGUGCAAAAAUGAUAGAGAAUAAUUUCACGGUCUCGUCUAUGCAUGGAGAUAUGCCUCAGAAGGAGCGAGACGAAAUUAUGAAACAUUUCCGAGAGGGUAAUACUCGUGUUCUUAUCACAACUGAUGUUUGGGCAAGGGGCCUUGACGUUCAACAGGUGUCCCUAGUGAUUAAUUAUGACCUUCCCAACAAUCGAGAACUUUACAUCCAUCGGAUUGGUCGGUCUGGUCGUUUUGGGAGAAAGGGUGUUGCAAUAAAUUUCGUUAAGAGUGAUGACAUCAAGAUUUUAAGAGAUAUUGAGCAGUACUACAGUACCCAAAUUGAUGAAAUGCCAAUGAAUGUGGCCGAUCUCAUUUAAUUAGUAGAUAAGACAUUUUAGGGACUUCUCAACUUUCAUCUGCCUGUAUGAUUGAUUUCGUACUCGUGAAUUGGAUUGUCGUUCACUUCGUUUGUGGUGGCAAGAGAAAGCGGCUGACUGUUAAAUGGAAUAUGUGUUCGCUUAUUGAAGAGGACUGUCUCAUGCUGAAUUGGAUGUGAAGAGUUGCUCCGCAAGAUGAGAGGUUGUUCAUUUUAUUAUGAUAUGCUGAUUGAUAUGUAUUGUUGGGGUGGAUGGCAAAAGUAGUGCUGUUGACUGUGUCUUGUUAUCGUAUAUCUUUUGAACCUAAAAAGCUGGGCGCCAAGUGUAGUACUAACAGUAAUGUUGACAGGUGACUGUUUAGUGUGCUGGUCCGGCCAACUUUUUUGUUAUGUAUGGAUCUUCGUGUAAUCUCUUGGUUGCCAACUGCAACAGAACGUUGAGAUGGCUUAUUUUUCUCUA